AUGUUAUCAAGGACUCGAUUCUUUUUCACUAAGAAUACUUCUGUAUUAAAGACCUUAGCUCAAAACAAGGGAUGUAAAUUAACAUUACUUCCAACUAAACAAUCAAUAUUUCAACUGUUUAAAACCUCAAGAAUAUGUCCAACUACUUCUAAGAUAACCAAUUCAUGGAAAUCUUCAAGUGUAACUUUCAAGAGAUCAUACUCAACUGGAGCUACUACUAGUGCUAUUAAAGCUACUGCUGAAUCAAACUCCGUUCCAAAACCAAGUGUUUCGGAUUAUUCCAAAUCAGAAAAUCCAAAAGUAACUUCAAACAGAAUAGUAGGAUAUUGGUUAAUCGGAACCUCGGGAUUAGUCUUCGGGAUCGUCGUACUUGGAGGAUUGACAAGAUUGACCGAAUCGGGACUUUCAAUCACCGAAUGGAAACCCGUCACCGGAGCAAUUCCACCAAUAACUCAACAAGAUUGGGAAGAUGAAUUUUCUAAAUAUAAAGAAUCUCCUGAAUUCAAAUUAUUAAAUUCUCAUAUUACUUUAGAAGAAUUUAAAUUUAUUUUUUAUAUGGAAUGGGGACAUCGAUUAAUGGGAAGAUUUAUUGGGAUGUUUUUCAUCUUGCCGGCAGUUUAUUUCUGGACUACCAAGAGAUUCACGCCACAUGUUACGAAAAGAGUGAUUGGAUUGACUGGAUUGUUAGGAUUACAAGGUGCGAUUGGUUGGUGGAUGGUUAAAUCCGGAUUAGAUGAAGAACAAUUAAAAGAAAGAAGAUCAAUCCCAACUGUUUCACAAUAUCGUUUGACAACUCAUCUAGGUGCGGCUUUUUUGAUGUAUUUAGGGGUAUUAUGGACUUCAAUGGAAAUCUUAAAUGAGAAUAAAUAUUUGGAAUUGGCUAAAAAGAGUCAAGAUAAAUUAUUAAAGAUUUUUAAUCUUUUGAAAUCAAGUAAGAUUAAUCGAAUUCGUGCAUUUGGAUAUGGAUUAUUGGGAUUGACUUUCAUAACCGCCAUGUCAGGUGGGAUGGUUGCUGGAUUAGAUGCUGGUUUGAUUUAUAAUACCUUCCCUCAUAUGGGAGAAGAUUGGAUUCCAUCAAAGGGAGAAUUAUUUUCUCCACUUUUUGCAAGAAAGGAAGAUUUAUCUGAUUUAUGGUGGAGAAACUUAUUAGAAAACCCAACCACUGUCCAAUUAGUCCAUCGUAUUUUUGCAACAACUACUUUUUUUGUUGCUUUGUGGGGACACUUCUACGUUUCGAGAAAUAAGAAGAUUAUACCAGAAGCAGCCAGAAAGGCAAUGCAUGUCGUUAUGGGAGUUGCAACAGUACAAGUUGCAUUAGGAAUUACUACCUUGCUUUAUUUAGUGCCAAUUAAUAUCGCAGCUGCUCAUCAAGCUGGUGCUUUGGCACUUUUGACUGCUUCUCUUGCCUUUUCGGCCAAAUUGAAGAGACCAAGACCACAAAUUGAGUUACAAGUUGGUCAAAGUUUAAAGAAUUUUACAAAUAUAGCCAGACAACAAACCCAGAAACAAAUCCUCGCACAAGCUCAACCACAAGUUAAGCCCCAAGUUGUCAAGCAAGCUCAAAUACAACCAAACAACCCAGCUAAAGAAAUAUCAGAAGAAGAAACAAAACAACUCAGCGUCAAAGAAAUAGAAGAAAAAUUAGCCCAAGUGAAAGAGAAACAACAACAACAAACAAUCACAGCUCAAGCAGCAACUCCUGAAUCAACCAAAAAAUCAAAAAAGAAGAAGAAGUCGAAGGCUAAUCAUUAA